UUUUUUUUCAAACGAAAUGAUUUUUUUAUAUACUUCAUUGAUAUAUAUUAUUGUGUUUGGUGCUUUUCUUCAAUUGUUAGUUGAAGUAAAGUCUCAAUUAAUAACUUAUAAACCAGAUUUACGUUACGCUCAUACUGCUACAUUAAUUGAAGAUAAAAUAUACAUAUUAGGCGGAGCAGUCCCUCCUCCUCGUACUGAUUACGGGAUAUCACCAAAAGAAACGUUUUUAUAUCUCGAUGUCUCUACUCCUUUUAGCACUAAUGAAGUAAAAUAUAUUGACAUCUCAAACAACAAUGCCGUUCCAUCGCAUCGAUUUGCUAUAGCUACUAAAGGUGGUGCAAACAAUAGUACGUUAUUCUUAUAUGGUGGUGAUAAUUUAAACAAUCAAACAAAGGAAUUAGUUUAUACGUUUGAUGCCCAACAUAGCACAUGGAGUGUUCCAAAAAUAACUGGUGAUCCUGAUCCUCCUAAAGGAACGAGUUAUAUGUUUCCUGUAAUUGAUUAUAAUGAGUUAUUUUAUUUAUUUGGCGGAGGAGGUGCUCCUGUGGUAAAUUAUGUGAAUGAUAUGCAUAUCUUGGAUACAAUAAAUUUAAGCUGGAAAAAAGCCAGCUCAAUUGGUGCACCUAGUAAUAGAGAUGGUUAUGGUGCCGUAUUCUUACCAAACAAAAAAAUUAUCUAUAUGGGUGGGUAUGGUCCGAAUGGCUUUUUACCACUAAAUGAGGAAACUGAUGGAAUAGUACCCACACCAAGAGCUUCAUUUUCGGCGGUUCUUGGAUUAGAUGGACAAAGUGUGAUUAUUUUCGGAGGGAGUUCAGAACCCCCUCUAAGCCGUGAAAUUGCACUUUAUGUUUUAAAUUUAAAUAAAUUUAGAUGGCGUAUUCCGGGAAUCUCUGGAAAAAUUCCAGCAAGCCGUGCUUUUCAUAAUGCAUUAUUAAUUGGAAAUUAUAUGGUCGUGACUUUUGGUGGUGGAUACAUGCGAGAAGAUGAUAAUGAUAUAUUAUUACUUGAUAUUAGUAAUAACGAUGAAUAUGCUUGGACAACAUCUUUUGUACCUCCAUUACCUACUUCUCAAUCACCUACUAAUUCAUCAUCACAUUCUAAUAUUAAUACAAUCGGCGUAGCUAUAGGAAUUUUAAUAGGUGUAAUUGGUGGUAUUGCAUUGACAGUCGGAGGUUUCUUUUUAUACAAACAAUAUAAAAAUAGAAAAGAACGAAGUAAAGCAAUAUCAACUCCUGGAAAUGAGAGAAUUAAUAUCAAAUAUUCUUAAAAAAUUAGAUAUAUCAAAUCCUAAGAACUGUAGUGGUUGAAAAAAAGUUCUCAGAAUAAUUUUUCCAGUCAAAAUUUAGCUGUAAACCGUAAUUUCGAAAUUCACACCCUUUUAAACUCCUAUACAUGUUAUGGACUUUAUCAUAUUUUUAAAGUAGUUAAAUAAAAUACAAGUCCGAAAGGAAUUUUUAACGAUUAAAAUUUCGUUAGUGUCGCAUGAUUUGUUUUGCUGGGAAUCUCGUACAACUCCUUUAUGAUAACAAAUUAACCACAAAUAAUAAAUUAGAUAUCGUAUUGGGUAUAACCUAAAUUCAUAAUUAAAUUCCUU